UGAAAGGAAUGAAAUGUCACAAAUGCAGUGAUUCCUUAUUACCAAAUCAAUCUGAUGGCAGGGUGCCAUCAAUAGACCUUCAGGAAAUCCCCUCCAAAUCAUGUCCGCAGUGUAAGUUUCUUCUGAGGAGACGAGAAUUGGCUAAGGAGGAGGCGCUGUUUAUUUGUUGGGAGCAAAUGGAAGAUGGUAAGGAAGGGAUGAGUGCUGUCAGUGACUCCGUCAAUGCCACUGGAACAGAGCUGCAGAUGGCUAACGUAGGAACAGAGCAGCAACUGGGGGCCGCCAUGAUGCUCAACCAAGAUCCACAAGAAAAUAGGAAAGCAUGGAAAGGGUCAAGGUUACAGCAGCCAAAUGUAGAUCUGAUCAAAACUCAGAACAACCUGCAAUUUGAAAAACUGUUGGAGAAAAUAGAAGGUUUUGUGAAGCUAAAUCUGAAACUGGAGAGUGAGAGAGACCAGAUAUUGUGCAAGCUGGGAAUGCAGACAGCUGAAGCAAAGGGCCUUGAACUAUCCAGUGAACAGAACAGAAAACAACUUCUACAUCUUCUGAGCAAGAACAUUGACCUCAGGCACAAGAACCAGAUAAAGGUCAACCAGCUCACAGUCCUGAUCAUUGAACUCCACCACUUGAGGAAAGCUUAUCAAACACUCCUUCAAAGCACAGAUUGUCCUGGAGACAUCUUAUCAGUUGAAUGGAUAAACCGGCUACGACUAAUUAAGAACACUGUUAAAAAUAUUAAAACCCAGCAGCUGAAACUAAACCUCUUGAAAAAGGAAAAUGAGGAGUUAAUGGAAAAGUCCAGGUGGGAAUCACUGCGAAAUAUGGAUGCAAAAAUGCUAGUGUUAAAUGAGAACACUCGAGCCAAGAUGCAAAAGGCAGAAGAUACAGGAGCCUGAGGGCACGUACCACCAGGCUCAACGACAGCUUCUAUCCCACGGUGAUGACUAUUGAAC